AUACGAUUUGUUCAAAUGAAAGAUUGACAAUGAAUACCCACUAGGAAAUAAGGAUUAGAAAAUCUUUGUGAUAUGUUGGUUGCCUAAUCAAAAUCUAAUCGAGCAAACGACCGUUUAUUGUCAGUCAUCCCGUAUAUCUUCUGAUCACCGCCAUCUUAUAAUCCAACCUACAACUUUCUGCAUUUAAUUCUUUAUUAUAAUUAUUAUAAACAAUUUAUGCAGUGUUUUAGCAACAAAUAUGUUUGUUCAUAACUAUUGCGUAUAUUAGAAGUCCCGCCGUAACCACAAUUUAUUAAUAAACAACGCAAAAAGAUCAGUUCGCCAUCAACCACCAUCAAUGGCGAUGUCUUUGGCAAAUUUCGCCUUCAAAGGCCCCAAUUUGCUGCCCCCCUUCAGGCAGGCCCUGAAAAAUAGUGCCGCCUUCCUGCAUACAAGCAAAGUCGAUAAUGCGGCCAAGUGGUACCCCGACGCCGAGUGGAUGGAUCAGUUCAAGGGGCCGGUGAUGAUGCCCGACGAGGUGACGAGCAAGUGGAUGAUACCGCCGUGGAACGCGCAGAUAGCGCCCGUCGAGAAGCAAGUGAAAAAUCUCACUCUCAACUUCGGACCGCAGCAUCCGGCCGCUCACGGCGUGCUACGGCUGGUCUUGGAGCUCGACGGCGAGGUGGUGAAACGUUCCGACCCGCACAUCGGGCUUCUGCAUCGCGGCACCGAGAAGUUGAUCGAGUACAAGACGUACAUGCAGGCCUUGCCUUACUUCGAUCGAUUGGACUAUGUCUCGAUGAUGUGUAACGAGCAGUGUUAUAGUUUGGCGAUUGAAAAAUUGUUGAAUAUCGACGUGCCGUUGCGGGCCAAGUACAUCAGAACUUUGUUUGGGGAAAUCACCCGUCUGCUUAACCACCUGAUGGCGAUAGGGACGCACGCGCUCGAUAUUGGCGCACUUACUCCAUUCUUCUGGUUGUUCGAGGAGCGAGAGAAAAUGAUGGAGUUCUAUGAGCGAGUAUCGGGUGCACGAAUGCACGCCGCCUACAUCCGCCCUGGGGGUGUAUCUAUGGACCUACCAAUGGGUCUCCUCGACGACAUCCACGAUUUCGCGUCGAAAUUCAGCGAACGCCUCGACGAGGUGGAAGACGUGCUAACCACAAACCGUAUUUGGGUGCAGCGUACCGAAGAUAUCGGCGUGGUGUCCGCCGAGGACGCGCUCAACUACGGAUUCAGCGGUGUGAUGCUGAGAGGCUCGGGCAUAAUGUGGGAUCUGCGCAAGGUGCAGCCGUACGACGCGUACGAUCUGGUCGAAUUUGACGUACCGAUCGGCGUUAAGGGCGACUGCUACGAUCGGUACCUCUGCAGGGUGGAGGAGAUGAGGCAGUCGUUGCGGAUCAUCGAUCAGUGCAUCAAUCAGAUGCCGGCCGGCGACGUCAAGACGGACGACGCCAAGGUGACCACGCCGAGCCGGGCCGAGAUGAAGAUGUCGAUGGAGGCCCUGAUUCAUCACUUCAAGCUCUUCACUCAAGGCUUCCAGGUCCCCCCCGGUUCCACGUAUACGGCGAUCGAAGCGCCAAAGGGAGAGUUCGGUGUUUAUCUGGUUUCAGAUGGCGGCUCGAUGCCGUACCGAUGCAAAAUAAAGGCGCCGGGCUUCGCGCAUUUGGCGGCGUUGGAUAAGUUGGGCAAAAAUCAUAUGCUGGCGGACAUUGUUGCCAUUAUUGGUACCUUGGAUGUUGUUUUUGGAGAAAUCGAUCGUUAAAACGUUUGUUGAUAGUGAAUUUUUAUUUAAAUAUAAAGUUAGCUUAUUAAGUUUUGAAA